AUGGAUCUCAACAUUUGCUUGUAUUGUGAAAAGCGUCUUGCCGAUGAUAACUUGAGUUUUUGCUCGCUGGCAUGUCAGGCACAUGAAGCGUCCAAGACCCAUGGCAUGUUUAACGACCCAACACCUUCUGCUCGAAAAAACAGCAUUUCAUCCUUAUCAUCAUCUUGUACGAGUGAACUAUCCUAUCAUCGAAGACGAUCUUAUUGCUUCUCCAAGAAUUUACCCAAUGGCACACCUUUAUCGUGUGAGAGUCAACCAUCACUACUUCUUUCCGGAGAACCUAUUCCAUCAUCAUCAUCCACCAGUUACAUGCAUCUCUUCUAUCAUUUUCCACAACAACGGGCCACUGCUGGUAGUAGUAGUGUUGCUGACAGUGCAUCCACCAUAUCCACAAGCUCCUCAACUUAUUCCAUGGAUAGUGUAUAUACAAAUGUUUUAUAG